AGGAUAAAAAAAAGAAAGGUUCUGGCCAAUUUGGGUCCAAAAAUGUGUGUUUGGGUUGGGUAUAAAGCAAGGACUCUUGGAAAAAAUAAGUAAAAUUAAUUUUCAUAAGUUACCAAACCAUAAUGUUCUGCUUUCAUUUUAAUUCAAUUAUAUAGGAUUUUUAGUUUUGUGGUUUUUGGUGUUUUUUACUUUAAAAUGUGUUUCCCCCCAGAUCUAGCAAAAUCAGACUUCCAUUAUGAAGUGAAGUUAUGUAGGAAAACAUACCAUGUGCAGAUCAGAGGCAAAGCAAAUGUAACUGGGACGUGCUGCUUGUGUUCUUCUGUUUACUAUCAAACACCCACAUAAAUACUGUGACUGCUAUUGCUUUUGAACAUUUGGUAGAAAGUGUUGAUACAUUUGUUCUCUCUCCUCUGCAUUCCCUCUUAAAAUGCAAUUUUGAUGUGUUGAGACCCACAGGCUGAAAAUGACUUCCACUCCAGCUCCGAUACUUCAUACUGUUUUCUUGCUCACUGUUUUUGUUGUUUUUGUUUUUUACACAGUUCUUUCUCUGAAUGUCCAGUGAUCAUUUUUCUUUGGCUUUUUUUUUCUACCUUUGCUGUGUUGUGAGAUACGUAUUAAGUCAAAUUCAGCUAUAGUUGUUACAUUUUGUAUGGUGAUGCACUGUGCUGACAGUGUUGGACAGUGUUUUUUUUUCCUCAUCUUCUUUUCUCUGUCUUUCAUAAGCAAUUUUGUAGCCCUUCGCUAUUGAGAAAAAGCAGAUACUGAAGCAGGCACUCUCGAAAUUUGUAAAGGCAUGCCUAUUCAAAUAUGAUUUAGUGGUAUUUUCUAGCAGGGACUAGCAGGAUCCUAAAGACCUCUUUUCUAACUAAUGAAAACAAACAGCAUUCCUGGCAAUCUCUAAUAUCACCUGUUCAGCCAGCCAGUUUGCUCUCAGCUCACAUCAUACCAACUAUCAGACUAGUGUUCACGUGUUCAUGGGUUGUCAUUUUUCAGUGUCUUCAUAGUUUAGUGGUUAUACAUUCGCCUAACUUGAACAUACCUGAUUAAAGGCCAGGAGGACAUAUAAAGGAAGAGGAAGAGGAGUAGAAGAAAAAAAAUCUGCCAAAUCAAUCCUGUGGAUCUGCUGUGGGACCCCUUGUACUGUUGUGGAUUUUAUUAUGACAUAUAUACCUGUAUACACUAGACAUGUAAUCAUAUUUACUCACGUAAAUUCUGUGUAAUCAUAUAUACUCAUAUAUGCUAUGCCCACUCACAAUGGAGUAUUUUAUAAAGUGGAGUCACUGUGUUAAGCAUUUAACCUGAAUGUUCAAAUCACACGGCCCACAUAUUUAGGUCAAAUAUAUCUAGCAUCAUAUUUAUGAAAAGGUUUGAGCCACUUGUUGUAGGAACACAUGUUGAUCAAUACUGUUUGAAAUUGUAGUAAUUAAGAUCAAUAAGUAACUUUUGAUUGUGUUAUAGCCAACGGUGACUAGUCCAACAUAGGGUUAAUGCAGCUUGCCACUGCUAAAGUAUGCACAUAGGAUCCUUUCUCAGCGUUCAUCUUUGUUUAUCUGUACCAUCCCACGGUGAGUACAGCCCUUUCAAUGCCUGUAUAGUAAACAAACCUGGCCCUGCUGGGCAUGCCCCUGAGAUUCUGGUCCAUGCCUCAAUCACCUGAAGGAGAGAAAAACCCUUACUUAGCAUAGAUAGUCGUUUAUGUCUGGCAUGCGCACCCAACAAAAUUGUCAAAUUGAUUAACUGUUAAUUGCCGCUUUGCAGACUUUCUGACUCACUUUGGCCAUAAAACUGACAAAGGGACUCGAUUCAGUGAUGGAUGUAAGACUGGUUCUCGAGAAGUUAUGGGGUAGGGUCAGAAAGUAUGUAUUAUAGGUGGAAGAUGAAAAGAAAGAACAAAGGAUGAAGGUUAUACCCAAUGGCAGGAGGGGGGAUCACUGUCCCUAUAUAACACGAGUUGGAUUUGCAUUGGGUAGCUUGUGUCUGCUGUUGUUUGUUUUGUGUUAGUUUCUAAUCUGCAUGUGCUCACGGCGAACGCCCUGGGGGAGCUUUUGCUUUUUCCUUUGUUUUGCUGAACGUGAUUGUUCAAUAAAAUAACUGACAUAGAGCUCUGCUCUUCUCCUGUGAUUUUUGUGUUUUUGAUUUUAAUUGGUAUCUGGAUGCAGAAAUCAACUUCCUUCUAACCUGAGUGGUGGUUGAACUAUCUCUUAAAUUUUCAACUCAACAGUACAUAAGGAAGCAGCCAAAAGAAAGAAGCUACUGUACUGUAAUCAAGCUCUUGUGCUGUCUACACUGUACUUUGGACUGGUCGAGUUGUUUUGUUACCUAUGCCCAAAUUAAGGGCAACAUAAAUCUUGAAAUAGUGCCCCUACACCUCCAUCUGUUCAGCAUUCUUGGGUGGACUUUAUAUACUGCUUUACCUGACAAGAUGCUGAUGAUUCUGAGCCACUAACUGAAUCACUAACUUAUCCAUUCAAAAAUGUAUACUAAUUGGUACUCAUUAUAUUCAAAUGAGUCCUGGCCAGUUAGUACAGUCAUGGUAAAAAGAAAAAACACGCUCUUUCAGUUCUUCGGUGUCCUUAGCAUUUACAAUCCUUUAAAUGCAACAUUAGAUUAACUAAAAACAUGAGCUAUUACUCAUUGUAACAACUCGAUCUUUUUCUUUUUCAACCAUUCUGUAGAUUUUCUGCAAUCCUUAGAUCACUGCCUGUUAAAUGGCACAGUUUUGGCCAGGAUUUAGCUCUUGGAAAGAUAUCCUUACACCUGACUCUAGAAUUCUUCACUAUACAGCAGAGUUUAUAGUCAACUCAAUGAAUGCAAGGUGCCCAGGUUCUGUGGCUUCAAAGCAAAUCAUCAGGUACCAGGUGUUUGUGCUGAUAUGCUGUAUUUUGUGUUCUCCAUACACGUUGUUGCACGUUACAGCUGUUACGCCCCUAGUCUAGGCGUGUAGAGAUGUACAUAAGGUUGGAGGAGAGAGAGACAAGUACCCGCCCUGAUUCCCAAGCCAAACAUCCGAAACCGGUUGUGAGUAAAACAAAGGUGAUUUUAUUGAAGGUCAGGAAGCAUAGCUCCAGGGUGAACCCAGGCCAAAAUAAUAAACAAAACCAACUAAGACCCACCAGAGAAAACUAACUAAACCCUAAGAAAGAAACGAAACAAACAAAUAACAAUCCUAACCGUCGCUCCCUAGCUCCGAAAAGAAAACUGUUCAAAAGAAAAAGGCGGCUCACCCCUUCCGCUUCAGCCUAUGCGUGCCUAAGCCCUAAGUUGGAACACCAGUGGCGGCUCUCACAGAGCACGCUCACACAAAUACACAGAAAAGUAUAGGUUGGAAACCAGGGCCAGGUCCGCGUCUGCUGUCAAACCGCUCGCUUGCUUCUCUCUCUCUCGCGGCAGCUGUCAGAGCGGCUUUUUGAAUGCAGUCACAUGUUCCAUGGUCCAAUCAGCUGCUCACUACUCUUCAUUAGGGGAGGGACCUGCAAAGAGUCUUAAGCACAGUAAAGGGACAGAUAACAAAACAGCCCACACAGAGUUCUUAUGGCCACAGCCGUAACAGCAGCCCAGACAUCUUCACUUUGGUCUCAUCUGUCCAAAGGACAUUUGCUCAAAAUGAUGCAUGGUAUUGAGACUCGACUGUUUGAAGGCAGUGGCAAGAAGGGAAAGAGUCCUGCCUACUCUAUCAGUGAUUUAGAAAAUAGUUUCUACAGAACUGCAGGAGAAGUGUUUUCAGUGAGCCUUGCACAGGGAGGUCCACCACCAUGCUUCCUGAGAAGCUGGUGUUCUCAGUUUCUUGCAACAGGAAACUUCGAUGCGCUUCAGCUGACCAAAGAUGAUGUGGAUGACACUGAAUAUAGGUCUCUAAUUGAAAAGGUGGAAGUGGCAGACAACCUGACAGACCUCACUGAAGACAUUGUGAGCUGUGGUUACACAGGACUUGUGAAGCUGGACAAACGGGACAGUAUAAUAAGAUCAAUUGUUGUGCAUGCUAUGGUGGGUCUGACUCCAAUGCUACAGCAAAUCAGAAAUGGCAUGAAGAUCUACAACCUUCUGGAGAUGAUUGGAAGGCACGAAAGUCUCUGUUCAAACCUGUUUGUUCCCAGAGAUGAGAAUGAUGAUACAGCGCCGGAUGCUGAUUACCUAAUGAGCAUCCUUGAGCCUGAGCUGAGUGAGAGGGGAAGUCCAAGGCAUGCCAAAGAAAAUGCCAUCAUCAACUUCUUCCAAGACUUCCUGGAGAAUCUUGAAAGCUCAGAUCAGGAUAAAGACAAAAAGAGCUGUGAGUAUGGGAUCCAAGACCUACAGGACCAGGACGAACACUGGAAUUCCAAACACCAACCACUGAGAAUGUCUGUCCCAGCGAUUAUGCAGUGGUUAACUGGACAAAGACACAAACCAUGCCUUCCUUCAGAAAGGGCAAAUUUUAAAAUACAUGUAAGAUUUGAGCAUCAAUGCAAAGAUACGAUGCCUGAACACUACAUAUGUUGCCCACUUGUAAGUGCCUGCACAAACACAAUCUUCUUUCCUGUGGCACACAUGAACUCAUACACCGAGUUCACAGAAGUUAUGACAACAGCUGUCACAAUGGGGAGAGAUUUCAGCCGUGUGUAGUUAACACUUGAAUAGCAUACCAUCACAAGUUAUGCAGUAUUGCACUGUAUUUCUACUAUUUGUCUAACCCUUUAAACCUAUUUCAGUUCUUGGAACACAGAGUAAAAAAGGAAAAAAUACUUACAGUUAAAGAUUAUUUUUCCACGUUGUUUCACUUUUUGUUCUUAUAAUGUUAAAAACUAUGUUCUCAAAA